UCUUCCUACUGUCCACUCUUGUUCCCUUCUCUGUCUCUCUCUCUGUCUGUCUCUCUCUCUCAACGUGUCUGUGUGUUUGUUUGUGUGUUCGUAUGUUUUGGGUUCUCCUUUCGUCUUUCAAGAAUGGGUGAGGCUGUUGAGUUCUUCCACGCCAAUGGGUAUGCCAAUGGGUAUUCCAAUGGGUUCUCAAAGAGUUGUGAAGAAACCAAUCAGCUCGACAAUAUUAUCGCCUGUAGUUGGUAUGAAGAACAGAUUGAUGAUGAUCUCAAAUGGUCUUUUGCUUUGAAGAGGGUACUCCAUAAAGGAACUAGCGAGUAUCAGGACAUAGCUCUCUUAGAUACCAAGCGUUUUGGGAAGGUUUUGGUGAUUGAUGGGAAGAUGCAGAGUGCCGAGGUGGACGAGUUUAUUUAUCAUGAAUGCUUGAUUCAUCCCGCUCUCUUAUGUCACCCAGAUCCCAGAACUGUGUUUAUAAUGGGUGGUGGCGAGGGGUCCGCAGCCAGGGAAGCACUCAAGCACAAAUCAAUGGAGAAAGUAGUUAUGUGCGAUAUUGACCAGGAAGUUGUAAAUUUCUGUCGUAGAUAUUUGACUGUAAAUCAGGAGACUUUUUCCCACAAGAAGCUUAAUCUUGUUAUUAACGAUGCCAAGGCUGAACUAGAGAAGAGGAAUGAGAAAUUCGAUAUCAUAGUCGGAGAUUUAGCAGACCCAGUUGAAGGAGGGCCUUGCUAUCAACUCUACACAAAAUCCUUCUACGACAACAUUCUCAAACCCAAGCUCAAUGACAAUGGCGUCUUUGUGACCCAGGCUGGACCGGCAGGCAUUUUCACCCACAAGGAGGUUUUCACCUCCAUAUACAACACAAUCAAGCAGGUCUUCAAGUAUGUGAUGGUAUAUACAGCUCACGUGCCAUCUUUUGCGGAUACAUGGGGAUGGGUUAUGGCCUCAGACCAACCUUUUCCUGUUAAUGCUGAGGAUAUGGACCAAAGGAUUGAGGCAAGAAUUGAUGGCGAAUUACUCUAUUUGAAUGGUGCUUCGUUCCUCUCCUCUGCCACCAUGAAUAAGACGGUUGCGUUAUCGUUGUUGAAUGAAACCCAUAUCUAUACAGAAGAAAGUGCAAGAUUCAUUCAUGGACAUGGGGUGGCUUACCGCCAUUGAAGUCACAAGCAAAAGGCCAGGGUUUUUUUUCUUUUUAGUGGGGGUUAUUGCUGUGCAGAGGAAAAUCAUUGACGCAUUGGUUCUAACCGAUGGAUGUUAGGGAAUUAUGGCUUUUAUUAUAUGUUUCUUACAAAUUGAAGUGUCAAUCCAUGUGAUAAUAUUUACAAACGUGAACGUACUAUCACCGCAACAGAUUAGAUCGAUUAUACUCAUUUUCAUAACACGUAGACUGUUAAACGAGUUUGUAAGAAGUUAUAGUAAAAUUUGUAAUGAACCAAACAUUUUUCUUUAGCUGUUAUGAAUAAAUACGAGGCAUUCCUCCA